GCAAUAAUGCUGCUCAUAAUUUAAUUUAAUUUGAAGGAUUGUGAUCGUAAAAAUUUGAUUAAAAUAAACAGUUACUAGUUUUGGUAUAUUUAGAAUAGAUUUCCAGGGAAAUGCAAAGGAAAAGAGAGAAAUAGUGAGAAGUAGUUGCGGGAUUUGAAAUCGAAAAGGGAGCGACGACGGGAAUGGAGGCUCCUCCUGAAAACGAUCUGUGCUCCGUCUGCCAUGGCGUCUUCAACACUCCUUGUCAAGCCAAUUGCUCUCACUGGUUUUGCGGAAAUUGUAUUAUGCUUGUUUGGGAUCAUGGAUCAGCACUUCAGCCUUGUAAAUGCCCUCUCUGUCGUCGCCAGAUAACCUUGCUGGUUCCAACUGAGGCUUCAUUGAGCCAACGUGAUAUGCCUGAGGUGGCUGAGAUUCUAGACAGGGUUGAAAAAUAUAAUCGCUAUUUUGGAGGUCAACCCAGAGGUCUUACACAGAGAAUGCAAGACCUUCCUUUUCUUUUGCGGAGGCUGUUACGAGAACUAUUGGAUCCCCAUAGAUCGCUUCCCCUUGUUAUAAGGGCUCGUGUCAUUAUUGCAAUGAUACUAAGUGGUGCCUAUGUACUCAGUCCUGUUGACUUUAUUCCGGAAGCAAUAUUUGGUAUAGUCGGUCUAUUUGAUGAUCUCCUCAUAGUACUCGUGGUCUUCCUCCACGUUGCUACCAUUUAUCGGUCGGUACUCUAUCGACGCCAUGGAGGUUCUUAAACUGUUGCAGUCAUAUUUCAACAACUGGAGAUAGCUUUGAGUUCUUAAUAGUAAGAGCUUUUGUUCUAGACUAUAUUAAUUCGUAGGAUUUGUAGAAGCCAAAUGCAGGUUCUAAACUGAGAUUUAGUUGCUUUUUGUGUGUAAAAUUCCAUGUACAAUUAACUAGAAUUGAUUUCCUACGUGAAAUCAGUAGGCAUCCGUCAUACGUUUAGUAUCUUUAUUCUAUCAUUACUUGUUUGUUCAGCAAUUCUUCUUCAUAUUAAACUGAAAAGAAACAAAAACUUAACCAAUA